UGCGGGGAUGAUGCUGAACGGAACUCUUUUCCAGUUUGCAAAAGUUGAGGAUUUAUUCAAAGAGAGUUGCAAAUGCUGCCCCAGUUGAAAGGUCGUGUGUUGCUUAGCUUUCUUACUUCUUUUAAAGAUCAGGAUUCACAGAACAGGAUCCCUGCUAGCUGUGCCUUUCAUUGCUUUCUCUGCUGCCUGGAAAUGGACUGAAAAACUCCUAAAGGAUUUCUUAUUCCAUUAAAGGAAACAUUCAGGGAAGAAAGAAGAAAAGCGGAGCUGUCUUUGCUGUUACACGGACUUUAGCCAUGGACCUGCGUGAACAACUGGAGAAUACCGAGAGGAACUGGAAUAAAGAAAAAAUGGAAUUGCUGGAGAAAUUUGACAAUGAAAGGAAAGAAUGGGAAUGUCAAUGGAAGCUCAUGCAAAAGAAAAUAGAAGAGCUUUACCAGGAGGUAAAACUUAGAAGGGAGAGCAAUAUGACCAUCCAUGAUAGCAAGGCCAUUCAGAGCAAGAUGCUGCAGCUGUCCAUGCAUUCCCCUACUUUGCAAGAGAGUGACUCAGUGGAGCUGAACCAUCAACACAGUGUGGCAAACAACAGAAUGGAGAAAGGGAGUCUGCUCAGUAUAACAGGACACAAAUGGAAGGAACCCAGAGACAAGAGCAGAAACAAUACUCUGUUAAUGGACAAUCUGGCCUUUGAGAACCAUGAGGAACCUGAAGACAGCCUCUCCAUUAGAAAUUCUGAGCAGAGUACCAAGAAUUAUAUCGGUGAUCUCAAUGUAGCUCUUAAAGAACUUGCCAGAGUCAGUGAAGAAUUAUGCAGCUAUCAAGAGGAAAUUCGAAAGAAGUCCAAUCACAGAAGAAUGAAGUCACUUCCUUUCCUGGGGGAAUUUGAGGAAACCCAAAACACAGUUAUUCUGCCUGAGAUGAACCACGUGUCCAGCAAUGAAUCACAGACUUCAGUUGCUUUUGAAACAGAGGAACAUAAUAAUAGGAAGAAUCUGAUGAGCUCCACUAAGGCUUUGAAGGACAUUUCUUAUGGUAGUCUUACUGGUGACAUAGGCACAGAUUUCAGACCUUGGCAAAAGAAAGAAGCUCCACCAGUUCCUCCACGGAGCACUUCUCGGCACCUAACAAACUCACUUUCUGCAGUUGUACAGCUUUCAGAGGCACCCAUAAGAGAUUCAGGCAUCAAAAGCAAUUGCAAGGCUCAGGAUUGUUGGAAUGGGGGGAAACUGAGGAAUCCUUCACCUGUAAAUAAAAAGAAAUCUGCAGUAGCCUGUGCAAAUGAAGGGCAGGCUGUGAAAGUCCCUGUGAUGGUAACAGCAGCAAUACCUGUCACCAAAAAUGAGUGCAAUGUUCCAGCAAGCUUCUGCCACAACACAUGGGCACAUGAUAUGGGCAAGCUUGGAAAAGACAAUAAAAAUGAGACUUCCCCACUGUCAGCCCAAAAGAGUUGUUCAGAUGGAAAUAUGGCCCAAAGCAACAAGAUGCAUCAGAAACAAAACACCAAGUCUCACAGCAGCCCUUUUUACAGUAAUGACUUUUAUGCCCCUGCUACCUUGCACAAUGAUCUUUUGGAAGACGCUAGGUAUGCUUUGGGAAAGACCCAAAGAAAUGAAAUGCUAGCAGCAAAGAUUGAUGAGUUCAAUCGGACUGUAUUUCAUACAGAUAAAAGUAACAAUGUUCUGCAGGAAAAUCAGGUGCCUCAGACAGCAUCAGAAGAUCACAAACCCUGUGGUCCACUGUGUGGCCCCGCUUCUAGCAGGGCAGAAAAUGUAAAUAUGUCUUGUGUUUCAAAUCCCAAGCUCUCUGCAGCAAAGGAGCAAGAAACUAACAACCCCAGCAAAGCUGUCAAGAGAGCAGGGCAACAAAAACACAUGAAUGGACUUCCAAAUACUAGUGGUUAUAGGCACAUGCUUCAUGAGCAUGACUGGAGGCCAAGUAAUUUAUCGGGUCGCCCGCGUUCAGCUGACUCAAGGUCGAACUAUGGUGUUGUUGAAAAGCUUUUGAAAACCUAUGAAAAAUCAACAGUGACUUCUCCAUGUAAUGCAAAAUUCUGCAAAGAUAAGUGGACACAGGCAAAUUCUGAAUUCACCAAUGGGGGUUGCGAGACACUGAGUCAGUAUUUAGAAAUGCUCCAGAUUGAGCAAGAAAAGCAAGACUUUCCAAGGAAUUCAGCCAGGCAUAUUGGGCAGCAACUCAAGCAAGGAAAAGAGAGACAGAAGUUACCAGAGAUAUGUGUGCCAGCUAAAUGUUCGAGUGAGAAGGGCUUCUCCCGUCCUGCUCGGCCAGCAAAUCGACGCUUACCUUCCAGAUGGGCAUCCAGAUCCCCAUCAGCACCGCCCGCUGUGAGAAGAACAGUGUACAACUCUGUCUCCUUUCGGUCAGAGACCUCCGUAGUGUGAACCCAGAGCUGGGUUGGAUGGUGUUGUGAAAGCUCUAUGCCUCACUGUAACUGUGUUUGGUAUGUGUCGUAGCAACCAGUUCCGCACUGUUGUGUUUUGUCCAAGAGUGACCCCCACCACAUGCUGGACAAAGCGUUCUGAAUCUUAGGUCGUCAUCACCAUGGUCUUCAGUGUUUUUAUUGAGAUGAAAUAGCGAUAUCCCUGGUUUUCUCUGGGUCUUUUUUUGGUUUUGUUUUUUUCUUUUUUUUUAAUAAGUUCACAAGGAAUUUCUUUUGGACGGCAUCUUUCUUAAUUUGCCAAUCAAUUUUGAGUUGAAACAAUGUAUAGUGCUGUAUAUUCUGACUCUUCUGCAAACAGCAGAACGUAAAGCUGUAUGCAUGAUCAUGUGUUUGUAGGUGCAUGUGUUGGACUAGGAAGUAUCCAGGCCUGUAUUUAGAAGAGACAAACUGUGCUAGUGUUGACAUUGAAAUUACAACCUAUAUGCCUACAUAUAUAUAUAUACACUUUGUGUUUAUUUUAAAAAGUUUGAAAUAUACAGUCCUGAUGACAUUUA